UCAAUCGUGUUACUCGGUGCGUUCGCUCACUGGGUUCGAGAAACCCGCUGGUGAGUGUCUGCGAUCGUGGGUUGACCGGGUCAGUACAGUGAGAGAGCAUGUGUGAGUGUGAGCUGUGAACGAAGAUAAGCCCUUAGCCCAGCAUUUGCGACGCUCCCGUGUGUAUCGCGCAUACGCCAAUGAUAUACGGAUCAUACGACGAACGAUGACACGCCCGCAGUGGCGACAGUUGCGAACGGCCGAGUCGUGAGCGGAUGUUUGCGAGGUUUGCUCGAGAACAGCGCGUCAAUUCCCAACGAGGACGACGGCGACAGCGAAGAGUAGUGGAACAACAACGGCUGGAUAGGACCUCUCGUCGAUGCUGCUGUUGCUGCAAUUCGGGCAGUGCUUCGCGGACACGUUACAUCCGUGCGUCCGACGUCACGUAGAGGCUAUCACAAGACGCAACGGUUCAAUGUGAAAUUGUCAUCAAACAAAGUAGACAGAUGACAACCUUCUCAGGAGGAAGGUAUGGCAAGCUUGAUGGUGAACGCCUCUAGUAAGAACAGCUCGCGCAGUGGAUCUCCUAGUAGAACAACUUCGACGUCUCAGCUACACCAGCAACAAUCAACAGGAAACUUGGAUCAUACUUCAAGAUUACGUAAUGUUUCAAUUUCUCAAGCAGGAGAAGGUAGCACAGGCAGUGGAAGUAGCGGUGGUGGCGGUGUUGGAAGUAGUCUCAGUAUGAAGGGCAGUAGUAGACAAAGAUCACCAGGAACUUUAAUACGCAUGGGAGAUGCCAUGGACGAACCAAGUAAUAAUCUAAAUACUGCCGAACCAGAUGAGUUUGUGCCACAUAUUCAUCCACCAACUGAUGAUGAAGGAGAACAAUAUCACACAACCCCGUCGUUCCUAUCGAAUGGCUCCUCUGAAUUGAUUGCUGAUGAUAUUGACUCUAGCGCAGUGCGUGUUCGUCAAGCUAUUGAACAUAUUCAGAGUAAAAUUGCUAAGACGCGGGAGCUAAUAAGAAUAGAACAAACCACGCGGGAUGAAAAUGUCAAUGAAUAUUUGAAGUUGGCUGCUAAUGCGGAUAAACAGCAAUUAACUAGAAUUAAGACAGUAUUUGAGAAGAAGAAUCAAAAAUCAGCUCACAGUAUCGCACAGUUACAAAAAAAGUUAGAUAGUUACACGAAAAAGUUGAAAAAUUAUGAAAUGAAUGGAGCACCUACUAGUCAUAGGCAACCGAGGGAAAUGUUACGGGAUAUGGGACAAGGACUCAAAAACGUGGGAGGAAACAUUAGGGAUGGAAUCACCGGUUUUUCAGGAAGUGUGAUGUCCAAGCCAAGAGAAUUUGCCCAUCUUAUUAAAAACAAAUUUGGAAGUGCUGAUAAUAUAAAUACUUUGUCGCAUGGCUCGACUUUUUAUGUAAACGAUACACCGCGUGCAGGUAAUGGUGAUAACACUAGCGUUGAAGAUGAUAAAACUCAUCAUGGAUCGGCUACGCUUCCUGGUGGAUGCAGCUUAGGAUCUACCCAUAGCGCAGCUGCUAUGAAGUUUCCGUCUGAGGAAGGAUCAGAGUGUUCUAGUGUGACCAGCGAAAGUGGACCCGGCAGUAGAGGACAGCCGCACACAUGUCACAGUAAUAACGCUGCUUUGAGUCUCAAAUCUAUCUUCUCAGAACUACAGGAACACCGAGAAAAUCUCGAUCGAAUGAGAGAAAAAUUAGAUACUGUAAAGACAUUACAACAGGAAGUGACAUAUCUUUCCCAUUCUCUCCAAGAGGAACGCUUUCGAUGUGAACGUUUAGAAGAACAAAUCAAUGACUUGACGGAACUCCACCAAAACGAGGUUGAGAAUUUGAAGCAAACUAUUACAGAUAUGGAAGAGAAAGUGCAAUAUCAAAGUGAGGAUAGACUGCGAGACAUACACGAGAUGCUGGAGAGCUGUCAAACCAAAAUCUGUAAAAUGGAACAUCAGCAGCAACAGCACCAACAAUACGUAACCUUAGAAGGCUUGGAUAACAGUAAUGCGAGAGCGCUGGUUGUAAAAUUGAUAAAUGUAGUAUUAACAGUAUUGCAAGUUAUUUUGCUCCUCGUUGCGACAGGUGCUGGUAUCAUGAUGCCUUUUCUCAGAACUAGCUGUACUAAGCCUCAUUGUUUCAUGUGCAGGGUGCGCAUAUUAACAACCACGUUUGUUGUGUUGGGCAUAGUAUUUGUGCUCAAGCAGUGGCCUGAGGUACAUGACGUUGGUAGUCACCUCAUGCGCCAUCUUAAGCAGACUCUCGCCAUGAAGUAGCAUUUUUCCGCGAGAAAACCGACAAACUUCUAGAAUGCGCUUCAAAAGUCAAUCUGAGCAGAAAAGUUCAGAUGUAUUAAAGGCUCAUUUAUCAAGAUAAAAACAGUUUUAUUAAUAUUGUAACAGACGAAAAAUACCAGAUAUUUAUAACUUUUAUUAGAUGAAUAUUAUUCUUCUAAUCAUGUUAUUUCAAAAUGUCCACAUUAUGCUUGCAAAUCAUGCUGCUGCUCGUUGUAAGUCAUAGAUUGCUGCCAAUUAAUUUGCUUAAGUUCAGUGCAAAUAUUAUGUGUGGCUUCUAUUAUUCUGCCUAAUGCUAUUGGUAGAUCUCUGGUUUAUCAUCACUGAGACUUCGAAUAAUAAUAAUAAUAAAGAAGUCUAGAACGAAAUGGGGCCAUAGUCAUCAAAAAAUGUGCGUUACUGACAAGAAUUAAAUUUCUC